UUUCGCUCUUCAUAACCAUUAACAGAAAAUCUAUACCUUCUAAAACCAUUCGAGAUUUAUUGCUCCUUCUUCUCUUUCUUUCUUCAUUCAGCAGAAUAGUAUCCCAUUUCUUGUCUCUGUUGUUUCUUUUUCUAAUUCAAUAAGAAAUAGAAAAUAUGGUGGCUUUAGUCUCCCAGGAAAAUGUUGUAGCUCUGGUUUCUCGCACGGGUAGACAUUUGCAGCGCUACACUAAAGCUGGUUGUCGUCAAGUUGUUGGCUGCAUACCAUAUAAAUACAAAAAUGGGAAACGAGAUUUCUUGGACAUUGAAGAAGCGUUAGAAGUUCUUGUUAUCAGUUCCCAGAAAGGAAAAGGAUUGUUGUUUCCCAAGGGAGGUUGGGAAUUAGAUGAAACAAUAAAAGAGGCAGCUUCAAGAGAGACAUUAGAGGAAGCUGGAGUGCGAGGCAUUGUUGAGCGUGAAUUAGGCAUGUGGAGUUUCAAGAGCAAAACACAUGACACCUAUUAUGAAGGCUACAUGUUCCCUCUACUUGUUCAGGAGGAAUUGAAUUUCUGGCCUGAGAAAAACGUUCGUCAAAGAAAAUGGAUGAGUGUGUCAGAUGCGAAGGAAUGCUGUCAACAUUGGUGGAUGAAGGAAGCCUUAGAUAGAUUAGUUAAUCGACUCAGGUCUCAGCAACAACUUGAACAGGAGGAAGUGGUAUCUUGUAGUUUAAGCUACCAGAGCAAAUCCAACUUGUAAAUAGGCAAAAUUGUUAAGAACACGGCCUUAGGGGGGCUUUUUAGGCCAGGAAAAGUGCGAAGGCCUUUGGGAAUUGAAAUGAACAAGAAAGGGAUUCUUGAGUUUUCUUGCAAUCCCUUUCUUAGGAUUUCAAUUCUUAAUUCUAGUUAGGUUUAUUUUAGUGGGAACACCAGAAAAAAGUUGGAUCAAGAUGACAUUUGUACAACAUGGUUUUAAAUGCAAAGAGUUUUGGAAAGAAAAAUUCAAUUUUGUCUGAUAAUUUUGUAAGUCGGUUAACUGUCUUGUACUUCAACCUUCAUGUCUUCCAAGACCGGCAUGAUUUUUCUUUGAGGCUGAGGCUGAAAUUUACAGCAACUGUAGGGGCGUUGACAUGAAAAAUUCAACGUUGAAGCUUCCUAUAUCUGAUUAAAACUUCUCAAUCA